AAUGCCUCAUUUAGAAAAUGAUGUAAAACUAGAUUUUAAAGAUGUUUUAAUCAGACCAAAGAGAAGUACAAUCAAAUCAAGAGCUGAUGUUGAUAUAACAAGACAACAUGUGUUUCGCCAUUCAAAAAGAAAGUUUCCAGAUGACGUUGUUCCGAUUAUUGCUGCUAAUAUGGAUACUAUUGGUACUUUUGAAAUGGCAAUUGUUUUAUCUAAGUAUCAACUUCUUACUUGCAUACAUAAACAUUAUUCUGUUCAAGACUGGUUAAAUUUUGCAAAAGAACAUCCUGAAGUUUUACCUUAUGUAAUAUACACAAGUGGAAUGACAGAAAAUGAUGGGAAAAAAAUUGAAGAAGUUUUAGUUGCUAUUCCACAAAUCAAUGCCCUUUGCUUGGACGUUGCCAAUGGUUAUUCUGAGUAUUUUGUUAAAUUUGUUAAAAAAAUGAGGGGUUUGUUCCCUGAGCAUAUAAUAAUGGCUGGUAAUGUUGUAACAGGUGAAAUGAUUGAGCAGCUGUUAUUAGAAGGUGCAGAUAUUAUUAAAGUAGGUAUUGGUCCAGGUUCUGUAUGUACAACUCGUAAAAAGACUGGGGUUGGCUAUCCUCAGCUCAGUGCAGUUUUGGAAUGUGCUGAUGCUGCACAUGGUUUAAAUGGACAUAUUAUAUCUGAUGGUGGAUGUGUAUGUCCUGGAGAUAUUGCAAAGGCUUUUGGAGCUGGAGCCGAUUUUGUUAUGCUUGGAGGAAUGCUAGCAGGACAUGAUGAAUGUGGAGGUGAGUUAAUUGAGCGAGAUGGACGACAAAUGAAAAUAUUUUAUGGAAUGAGUUCUGAAACUGCUAUGAAAAAACACACUGGUGAUGUUGCUGAAUACAGAGCUUCAGAGGGUAAAUCUGUUGAAAUACCUUAUAGAGGAAAAGUGAAACACACCAUUCAAGAUAUUCUAGGUGGUCUUAGAUCAGCAUGCACUUAUGUAGGUGCGUCUAAGUUAAAAGAGUUAUCAAAAAGAACAACUUUUAUUCGUGUAACACAGCAAGUUAAUGGAGUUUUUUCGUAGUAUAGAAUAACUAUUUAUUUUAAGUAAAAUAAAAUGUAUAUUAUUGUUAGUUAAUAUAUAGUUCUCAUAUUG